GCUUGCCUUGGAUGUAUGACUGCUUUCACCAAAUAAAAGGAGCUGUAAGGGAAGUCAGGUUUGGAGUUGGCUGAGUUCGGGUGAAGGGCUUACAACUCUAAGACCCCAACCGGGCUUCCCUUGCCAGCAAGUAAAAGACAAAAGUGCUGUGGUCUUGCUUUGUUCACAAGGAUCGGUCUCUGAGACAGUGAGGUCUGUGAGGUUAGACAUAACACAAAUCAUAUUCUGUAACUGUAUAACUAAGGGUCAGUUCAGCUGAGGAACCACACACUCUUCGCUCAGCCUGAUGGACGCCCUUUGGAUGAUUGUCCUCACUGUUGGUCUGCUUGGCUCACAUUGUGAGGGCGCUAUAUCCUGUAAGAAUGAAAAUGGUGUUCCUGUAGACUGGUUUAUUUUGUAUAAGAAGCCUGCUGGGUUUGAUUAUGUUUACAUUGAUUCAACCAACAACGAACUUCAAAAGAAUAACAAGCCUGUCAACCACCAAGCUGGUGUCCUGGCACAUACCCUGAAUCCCUGCUUUGAAAAAUCACCAGAUUCUGGAUUUAUUGCAUACAAUGAUCAAACACCAAGUUGUAACGCACUACAAGAAUAUGGCCACAGCAAAGGAGUUGUGAUGAUGGAUAAGGAAAAUGUAGUCUGGCUUUUACACAGCACACCAAAAUUCCCCAACGGAGAUGAAAGCAAUAAUUUCUUUCCUGAAAGUGGGGAAACAAAAGCACAGAUAUUUAUGUGUGUAACACUGAAAUCUACAGAGUCUGCACAAAUAGCUCAGCAUCUUAAAGAUAUCAAUGCUCAUAUAUUUAAAGAGCACAAUCCUGAAAAACUCAAAGAUUCUUCCAAAGAACAACGAAAGCGGCCCUAUCACAAAGACUUGUCGUCAGCUGGUGGUCAGAAGUUUACACGCUUUGUUAAACAAAUCUCAGAGAACGGGGAUUGUGAAGAAGGAGAUCUUUACUUCUACAUUGCUGACACGCUAGAGAGUAAUUUAUACAUCCAGACCUGGCGCAGCAACCCUGAAGACACUGAUAUCACUGACGAAAAUCAAAAUCUUUACAACAUAGUGGAAGUAAAAGCUGGUGGUAGUAAAUGGGAAUAUAGAAGUGAUCAUUCCAAAUGGUGUGUUUCUGACAGUAAAGCUUGGAUGUGUAUUGGUGACUCAAACAGAGAACCAUCCCAGUUCGAAAGGCCUGGUGGUGCACUGUGCAUUAAUAGCAAACAUGUGGCAAAUGCAUUUAGGACAAUUAAAACUGAAGAUUCAAGUAUGGAACCUCCUCUUAAAAAGACCUUAAAAAGAUCUUCAGGUUAACUGCAGCAGACAACCAUCUCAGUCUUGUUUUCUAUCUACAUCCAACAGUUUUAUUGUAAAUUAAUUUCACAUUAAAGUGAAGCGGACUUGAAUCUGGCGCUGACAUCAUCACUCCUGUCAGUGUUAUCUAAUGUUUCUGUGAACAAUAUGAAAUUAAAAACA